UUUAGGGUUUCUUGGGACGAGAUGCGCAAGUAGGAUAAAAUGUGGAGGGCUUUCUCUUCGCGCUUGAGGUAUUUAGACUCCAUGGAAGGUCUUCACAGUUCUCUACAGGGCGUUCGUUGGCUCAGGAGCUCUAGCAAGGAGUUUAAGCCUCCACUUCCAAAGGAAGUCAUGUUUGGAGUGGAAGCAAGAGCUCUUAUGCUGGAGGGAGUGAACGAGCUGGCCGAUGCAGUGCAAGUGACCAUGGGUCCCAAGGGGCGAAACGUCGUGAUCGAGCUGAGUUAUGGCACUCCCAAAAUCACAAAGGAUGGAGUGACUGUUGCCAGGAGCAUGGCUUUCGAAAACCGAGUAAAAAACGUUGGGGCUGCUCUGGUCAAGCAAGUUGCUAAUGCUACCAAUGCUGUGGCAGGGGAUGGGACAACUCUGGCAACUGUUCUUGCGAGGUCCAUAUUUGCCGAAGGCACCAAGUCCGUGGCCGCUGGAAUGAACGCCAUGGAUCUUCGCCGAGGCAUGAAUAUGGCAGUGGACACGGUGGUGGAGUACCUCAAGAGCAAGGCGAAGACGAUUAGCACUCCUACUGAAUAUGCUCAGGUUGCUUCGAUCUCGGCCAACGGGGACGCCGAAGUAGGAGAUUUGGUAGCCAAGGCAUUGGAAAAAGUCGGCAAAGAGGGUGUCAUCACAAUCAGCGAGGGAAAAACACUUGAAAACGAGCUCGAGGUUAUCGACGGUUUGAAGCUGGACAGAGGCUACUUGUUAACAAACUUUAUCACCAACACCAGAACUCAGAAAUGUGAACUCGAUGAUCCCCUCAUUCUUGUGCACGAAAAAAAAAUAUCGGAGGCUAGCAAAUUGAAGCCACUGCUUCAACUGGUGGUUAAGUUGCAAAGGCCGUUGUUUAUCGUUGCGGAUGAUGUGGUGGGCGAAGCGUUGACGGCACUAGUCGUUAACAAAGUCCGCGCUGGUCUCAAGGUUUGCGUCAUAAAAGCUCCUGGAUUCGGCAGCUAUCGAAUAGAUCACCUUCUCGACUUUGUAGCCUUGACGGGUUCAAAGCUUAUAAGCGAAAGCACUAGUUUGAAACUCGAGGACGUAACAGUAGAAAUGCUUGGAAAUGCAAAGAAGAUUAUUGUAACCAAAGACGACACUAUCAUUUUAGGUGCUGUGGGUGAUAAGCAAGUUAUUCAAGAGCGACGGGACGAGGUGACAUCUCAGCUAAAGAAAGCUACUGCGAAAUUUGACAAGGAAAAACUGGAGCAAAGACUCUCCAGGUUAUCUGGAGGGGUAGCUGUGAUCAAGGUGGGUGGAGCCAGCGAUGUUGAAAUAUCGGAAAAAAAAGAUCGAGUAGUGGAUGCCUUGAAUUCUGCGAGAGCAGCUGCUUAUGAAGGAAUUGUGCCAGGUGGUGGAGUAGCUCUUCUUCAAGCCUCCCGUGAGCUUGAUAAGAUCAAAACAACAAAUUUUGAGGAGAAGGUUGGAGUUCAGAUCAUUCAAAUAGCCAUGAAGAUACCCGCUUAUAUCAUCGCCGCAAAUGCUGGAUACGAAGCAUCCAUGGUUGUAGGGAAACUGCUGGAGAAGAUUGAAAACGAUAGCUUUGGCUUCGACGCUGCUCAAGGCGAGUACGUGGACAUGUUCAAGGCAGGCAUUGUGGACCCAGUGAAAGUUUUGAGAAGGGCAAUCCAGGAUGCUGUCAGUGUUUCAACUCUCUUGACGACAACGGAAGCAGUUGUUUACCCAAAUUACACAUCCAAUAGUAACUCUAACUUACAUUAUAAUUAGUAGUAUAUUGUGUAUUGCACCUUCAAUAAUAACUCUAAUUUACAUUAUAAUUA